GCCGGCUUUAUCGCUUUAGCAAAUUGCAAAAAAGGGGAAGAGAAGCUAGGCUGGCCUCCACUGUGCGUGUGCUUGUGCGUGUGUGCACCCAAUCCUGACGCAAUUUCUUGUCUUUAGCGUACACGGUCAGUCUAAAACGUUUACCAAAGCCCCACCCGUGCACACACCUAUGGUUUGGUUGGAUUGAUGAGGUGGGAGGUUCUUAUUAUUCAUCUUACUCCUGUUGAUCAUCAUACAAUCUUUUUGUGUUCUUCAUAUUGAUACAAAACAAACAAACAUGCCUCUUUUCGUUUUGAGCCCUGCCUCUUUGGCACACUCUGCUUUGUUUAGCGGUUACUACACCUACUUGUCCAGCAAUGUGUCUUACUAUCGUGUAAAGACUGGCGUUAUGCUAGGCGAUGGUGGUUCAGGAUCAGUUCGCGUUGCAGAUCAUAAAGCAGGACAAGAUGAUGCCGAAAAUGAAGAUCAUUUGAAACGCGCAAUUCGUGCUCAUGGAAAUUUUGCUGAAUCAACUCCUUUUGCUUUCUUUUUGAUCUUUUUGGCCGAAUUAAAUGGUGCUCCAACUUCUUUGGUUCAUGGUGCUUUUACAACUCUCUUUUUUGCCCGUGUUGCACAUGCUGAAGUUUCUGGCAUUCGUGCAAAGAACACCGCUUCUCAAGGUCGUUUGGUCGGUCAUCUUGCUACUUAUGCUGUCAUCUUUGCUGCAGGUGCAUACAACUUGUCCCUUGGAUUCGAGCCACUCAAGUCUUGGUUGGGCUUCAAGUAAACAAGUUCAACAUGCAAAGGUGAUCUAAUCGCUGGACUCAAGCAUGUACAACCAACGGAGCAUUAAUAAGCUUCUUAAUAGAUGGCUUCGUAGUUUGCUAGCUUAAUGUCUCGGAGUAGUACCUUGAAUCAAAUAUAUCUUCUGG